AUGGAUGCAUCAGUGAUCACUGCAUUCACACAAGUAAUACAACCAAAAUGUUGGUCAUCACGAUCAACAUAUCCUUCUUUGUUGCUACCGGCUGGUCAGUCACCAAUCAAUAAUCAAAUUCCAGAUGAAGCACAAUUAUAUCCAUUGUAUGAAACAUGUCAUCUGGUACCAUACGACUAUGCUUAUAAUCCAAGUGCUGACUGUCUUUCGAGUACAAGUAAUCGUGUUAUUGAUCCAAUUAUUCCAUUGUUUCUUAGUCCAUCAAUGAUUCAAGUAGCUGCUUUGUUAGAACUAUUUAUUCUGAAACAUUAUGAUAACAGCUUUACACCUUCAGCUACUAAUUUUACAGUUCUUCAUAAGAGAACUUUAACUAGUAUAAUUUUAAACGUUGUCAAUGUCAUCGCAGAACUACAUAUUUCACUUGAUUAUUUUUCAUGUUAUACUGCUGAGGAACAAACUGGAAUUGAAAUUGGUUUUUCCUCAUACGAAUGGUCAUCAUUCAAUAUAACAUUUUAUCAUAAUAUUAUAUGUGCUAUUGAUAUAAAACAUGGUUAUAUUGAGUUGCUUGUAGAUGAACAGUCCCAACUAACACUACAAACGUUUGUCAGAGGACUUGAACAAUCGAUUAGUCAGAAUGGUAAUGUUAUCAUCAAAUAUCCACGUGAUUUUGAUCAAGAUCCAUUUCAUGCAACACUUCUCACUGCUGACUAUCGUUUUCCUUAUGACUGUAUGACAGAAAAAUUGGAAGAUUAUAUAACCAACACACAGAAUCAAUUAUUUAAAAUGCCGAUAACAAUUGAAGUUUGUUGUUUUAUAACACAAGAUACAAUUACUCAUCAAAUCAAGUAUUAUAGAGCAACUACAUGCACCCAUUCGUCCAAUCCUUGUAUCCUUGAUCUAUAA